AUGUCAUCGUCACAACCACCUUCGCAAUCAGGAGGAUCGAGGGGAUCGACCAAUCCUUCCUAUCAAUGUGCCACUGAUAGUCCUAGCCAAUUGUCAAUGUAUCAAGCGGACGAGACGGAUGACAGCGGCUUAUCUGAUGAAGAGCUUCGAAGACAAGUAUCAGAAGAUUCUAAAUCCAGCACCACCAAAUUGGCAGUUACGAUAGCUACCGCUGGAGCGAUUGCGGGAAUUACCAAGUUAUUAAAGUGA